AUGUCUAUUUCAAGUAUAAAAGACCAUCUUGUCCCAAGGCACCCCACAGUCAUCAACAAAGCCAGUCCCGAAUACAAAUCCAACAUAGAAGAAUGGACAAAACUUUUGGACCAACUUAAAGAGCGCCUAAAGGAAGCCACAAGUGAAGGCAAAGAAAAAAGCAUUGCUCUCCACAAAAAACGCGGUCAACUCUCAGCCCGUGAGCGGAUCGAACUAUUGUUAGAUGAAGAUUCUCCUUUUCUCGAAAUAUGUCCUUUAGCUGGGUACGAGCAAGAGCACUGCACUCUAGGUGGAUCUGUUGUUUCUGGUAUUGGGCUCGUUAGUGGUGUCUUGUGUGCCAUAAAUGCCAAUGUGCCUACCAUGGCAGGAGGUGCAAUGAAUGAGACAACAGUUUUAAAAGUCGGUCGGUUUCAACAGAUUGCCAGAGAGAACCGAUUGCCAGUAAUCGUCCUGACACAGAGUGCAGGGGCAAACCUUCAGCAGCAAUUUAAAGUUUUUCACAGGGGUGGCGGUGGGUUUCGUAAUCAGGCACUUGCGUCUAAACUUGGGAUUCCAUCGUGUUGCGUGGUAUUUGGAAGUUCCACAGCCGGUGGGGCUUACACACCCGGAUUGAGCGACUAUGUGAUUAUGAUCAAAAAACAAGCUCAAGUUUUUUUGGGCGGGCCACCGUUGGUACAAAUGGCUACUGGAGAGAUUGCAGAUGCAGAAAGUCUUGGUGGUGCAGACAUGCAUUCCAGAAUUUCGGGUGUAAGUGACCAGCUUGCUAUUGAUGAACACGAUGGCAUACGCAAGGCACGAGAAUGGAUUUCGAAUAUAAACUGGGAACGCCAAGGAAAAUUACCUGAACGUCACCUUCUAGGACAGUAUGAAGAACCAUUCUAUGAUCCUAACGAAAUCCUGGGCAUCGUGUCUUCUAAUAUCCGGAUCCCAUAUGAUGCAACCGAGGUAAUUAUUCGUAUUGUAGAUGGUUCCCGGUUCACAGUCUUCAAACCCAAUUAUGGAGUAAAUCUAGUUUGCGGCUGGGGAUUUAUUCAAGGCAUCCCGGUCGGUAUUCUAGCAAACAACAACGUUAUCUUUACUCAGGAGGCCAAUAAGGCGACUCAAUUUAUUCAGCUUUGUAAUAUCAAAAAUACGCCAGUGCUGUAUUUUCAAAACAUCACAGGCUUUAUGGUCGGAAAGCGUUACGAGGAAGAAGGGAUUGUCAAGGCCGGAUCUCGGUUUAUUAACGCUGUGUCCAACUCAAAAGUUCCGGCGAUCACGAUCAUGAUGGGUGCCAGUUACGGUGCUGGAAACUAUGCAAUGAGUGGACGAGCUUACGAGCCCAGGUUCUUAUUUUCAUGGCCAAACUCAAGGUGUUCUGUUAUGGGACCCGAGCAAUUGACUGGUGUUAUGGAUCUAGUGAUGCGCCAGGGUGCUAAACGCGCGGGAAUCGAAAUAGACGAAGAACUUGCCAGUCAAAGGAAAGCAAUGUUUCAGAUGUCUGUAGAAGCAGAGUCCGAUGUUUAUUAUACAUCAUCUCGGCUACUGGACGAUGGAAUUAUUGAUCCCAGAGACACUAGGAUGGUAAUUGGGUUCUGCCUGGAGGUUGUGUAUAAUAUAAAAGUGGAAGGAGGAAACAUCUAUGGUAUCAGUCGUAUGUAAAGCAUACCAUUCAAGUAAAGUAUAAUGUAUCUAUAUCUAUACAUAUAAAUAUAAAUGUCACAAGAAUUCCCUUUUUAGCACGGUUAUCAUUGUUCUCAAGGAAGUACACAAAUUGACAGCAAGUGCGUACAAAUACAGACCUGAUAAAAUUGGAAUAACCAAAAUAAUAAUAGUAAUAAUAAUCUGUUGGUUAAUUAAAUAGCAAACGAAAGGGACAAUUGGUCUACAAAGCCAUAUUUACCCAAUG